AUGGAUGUACUUAAAAACUGUAGGGUGUAUAAAUUAUCAAGUUUUAAGAAUCCAACAGAACAGUUUAUUAAGUUAGAGAAGAAUGAAAUCAAUAUAACAAACAAUCCUGUGUCGUUAUCUUUAAUUUUGGAUAAAAUAAAGUAUCUGCAUUUGAUAGAACAUGAAUUCAAACUAUCGAACUUCAAAUGCAGUCUAGCUCAGAGUUGUAUUAAAAAUUUACAAGCUGAUGGUAAAGGUAACGAAAAAUGCAUUCUAGUUAUAGAUAUUAUCUCAGCAUGGAAGAAAUAUUUACUGAAUAAGGAAUAUAUAGCUUCUGAUGUAAAGGGAAGUAGUUAUAGUGAAACUGAUGGUGAGACCACAAGUCACGAGAAUAGUCAAAUACCCGAACCUGACAGUACUGAGAAUAACGAAGUUGGUGUUUACUAUUUAAACUCUAGUGACAUUUUAAAUAUGGAGGGUAUACUGAAAUUUUUCUCCAAAUUAAAUGAAAACCCUAUCGAAACACUAGAAAAAUAUUGCCACUUUCCUAAAACUGUUAAUUUCAAACAACAGUUAUCAGGUAUAAUAGUGGAUAACAUCUCCUAUUUUGCUCAUGAUAAUCACAUGAAUAUACAACAAAACACGGCACAUUACUCUACGUUGUUGAAUAUGUUCAAAACGUUGCGUAAAACUUUUGGAUGUUGGGUUAUCUCGGUAAGCUAUGGUAUGGAAUUCUACGAUGGUGUUGAACUCUCAACUUCUUCUAUAUAUAGAUCUGGUUCGCAUACUAGAGUACCAAUCAAUUAUACAAGCGGGAUGGAUACUAUCCUGCUGAGAGACACAGAAUCAACCGGUCGAUUUUGUAAUAUCUAA